AUGCUGUUCUUCACGGGAAAAGAAGCGCUUGUCCACCGCGCAGUCAGGCGUCUCUUCGGCCACGCAUGGUUUCGGCGCAUAUGGAUUGUCCACGAGGUCGGCAUAUCCAACGAGAUCCAUGUCAUCGUGCGCGGAAUAUAUUUGGACUGGGAAACUCUCCGCGGCUUCGUCGAGUGGGUCAACCGCAGUGGUCAGCAGUCGCGCCGAGUCAAGCACGCCAUGUCGGCCAAGGCAUCCUCGAACGGGGAUGCCGGGGGCCCCUAUUUCUUCCUCACACUGCAAAUUGCCGCGUAUAUGUCGAUGAUGCGGCACCAGGUGUUGACCAUGAACCCAUUGCCGCUCGCAACGUUGAUGAUGGGAUCCUACGCUUCCUUUGCCAGCACCGACCCGCGUGACAAGGUGUUUGCACUGCUGGCCCUCGCGUAUGGCAGUCGAUCCUACCACUCCAUUCUCGCUGGCGAGCUCACUGCAAAUUCGGCUCUUUGCACCACCCUCCCCUCUUGGGUGCUAGACUACUCCUCGGGAUACACCAUUGAAAUGCGCACUCAGCACCUCAAGGCCACCGCCCUCAUUGAUCCCUCCGGGACCGUCACAGUCCUGAACGAGAAACAUCGCUACCAGCGCCGGGCACUUCUUCUGUCGGCCAUCCCAUUUGCCGCCAUCACGCAGCUCAACGACUUCUUCCAGUUCUGGGGGGCACUCCGAGCAGGCGAUCAACCAAGCGGCGGUUGA